AUGUAUCCAGUUUUCAAACUUACUUGCCUAGACACUUCAAUAGCGAUCAAACCCGUCUUUGAUGGUUUGAGUCGUGUGGUGAUCACCUCCGGUACAAGUAGUCCACUUGACAUGUACUUUAAGAAGCUCGAGUUUGAAACAGCGGUCCAAUAA